AUGACGUGGGGUAUUCGAUUCCCCGUCAACAUUCAAUUCUCCUCUUCGUCCCGCCAAACACUCCCUCUGACAAUGGCGUCGAAUAUUCUCCAGCUGCCGUUUCGUCGCUCCCAUUCCGUUUCGCUCUCCGAUGCCAUCACACAGUACAUCUCGGAGAAAUAUGAUCAGCGCCCGGAUAUGUUUGCAGAUGAUCUUUUGAUCAUAGAUCGGCUAAGGACAGAGGCAAUCAAUGUGAAGGAGCCGCAUGUUAGUGGCAUCAGCAGACUCGUCACAUACGCCGCGCAACUGAAAUGGCUAGGAGGAAAAUUCCCGGUGGACGUGGGAGUUGAUUUCUCUUGGUAUCCGGCAUUUGGAUUUAAUACUGCGCGGCCUGUAUCUCAGAAUAAUCUCCGUUUCGAACUAGCAAACGUACUCUUUAACCUGGCGGCUCUCUAUUCCCAACUUGCAUGUGCCUUGAACCGCACCACCUCGGAUGGAUUGAAGCAAGCAUGUAACUAUUCAUGCCACGCCGCUGGCGUAUUACACCACCUUCGCACCGAUAUUCUCCCGGACCUCCGCGCAUCCCCACCCGAAGAUAUGGACGAUAUGACAUUGCAGAGCCUAGAACAACUGUUGCUUGCCCAGGGACAGGAAUGCUUUUGGCAAAAAGCUGUGAAGGACGAACUGAAAGAUGCUUCCAUUGCCCGGCUAGCUGCGAAGGUAUCUGACUUCUAUGGCGAUGCGGGCGACCUAGCUGUGAAAUCAAAUGCGAUCAGUACCGAUUGGAUUCAUCAUAUGACUGCUAAGAACUACCAUUUUGCUGCGGCGGCCCAGUUUCGGCAGUCCUUGGAUUGUUUAGAGAAGCGCAAAUACGGAGAAGAAGUUGCCCGUUUACGAGAUAGCCUGGCUUGUGUCAAUGAGGGGCUUAAGGAAUCAAAAUGGCUGAACCGAACGGUUCUUGGAGACUUGAAUGGGUUAAAGAACCGAGUCACGGAAGACCUGAAGCGCGCAGAGAAAGACAACGACCUGAUAUAUCUUAGCCCCGUGCCUCCCAAGUCUCAGCUCAAGGCCAUUGAUCGAGCAAGCAUGGUUGCUGCCAAGGCACCGUCUCAAGUUACGGAUGCCAUUUCUAUGCUUGGCCAAAAGGGGCCACUUGGCCAACCCUUGUUUGAAAAGCUAGUUCCCUAUGCGGUUCAUAUUGCUGCCAGCAUAUACUCCGACCGUCGCGACCGAUUGGUUAAUGAGACCCUGAUUGGAGAGCUGGAAUCCAUGACAGACAAGCUGCGAGAUCUUUUAUCAGAACUCAAUUUACCUGGUUCGCUCCAAGCAUUGGAGAAACCGCUUGGGCUUCCACCGACAUUGGUUAGUCAUGCGGACGAGAUGCGGCAGCAAGAUGGACUGAAUCGGCUGCGCCGAUCUAUGGAUGAUACUUCAAAGAUCAAAUCUAAUGAUAGAGCUGUUUAUCAAGAAGGCGUCGAGCUUCUGGCCGCUGAGAAAGCUGAGGAUGAUGCGGCUCGCCAGAAAUAUGGCACGGAUAGAUGGACUCGUGAUACACCCGAGAAAGCAGCGCCGAAGCUUUACAAAACUUCCAAAGAGAUCGAGGGGUAUUUUACAUCCGCACAAAAGAGCGACGAUCUCGUCGACCGGAAGUAUCGGGAUUCUCAUUCGGUCUUUUUGGUGCUUACGGGGACGAACCGAGACCUGGAAUCCUACGUUCCUAGUAGCCGCAGGGCUACGAUCCCCCCAGAAUUGGAGCGAGAGUCUACCAAGCUACGGAGUUGUCUUGGCGAAGUCACUCGGAUGGAGGGCCGCCGCCGCCGGAGGAUCGAGGCAUUGAAGGAGAAAGCUCGCGCUGACGAUAUUCACCCGGCCUUGUUGAAGGAAACUGCCCGCCUAGAACGGGAAUUCCCGAUGCAGGCUAUCCAAGCCAGUCAAUUCGAAGAUCUCUUCGAGGAGCACCUGCGAUAUUAUGACUCUGACCGUGACAUGUUGGCCCAGGAGCAAAGGGACCAAGAGCAGCUGUCGGAUCAGGUACGUCAGGCGAACCAGGCCUUCACUCGAGCACAUAGAGGUGAUACGUCCACCAAAGAGCGCGAAUUGGCGCUCCAAGAUCUGGAGAAUGGAUACAUGAAGUACAAAGAGAUUAUCUCCAAUCUCGAGGUUGGACGGAAGUUCUACAACGAUCUUGCCAAGAUUGUGGGCCGAUUUCGAGAUGAUGUCAAGACCUUUGUGCACCAGCGACGGAUGGAGGCCAGUCAAUUAGAGGCACAUCCAAAACGUGACCGCAAUGUCCUCGCUACACAUUUCGCAGCCCUAUCUUCGCCAGCCCGCGCAGCAAACGCCCCUGCACACCAUUCCCCCACGUACACUUCGCCGCAUCAGGCCCCAGUACCAGCACAGGCAGCACCGAUGCACCGGCCUUCCGAGGCUGCCACGCCGCUCACGGCACCUCAGCCGGUGCGCGCACCUGUUGCACCGCCCUCGGUCCCCACUCCCACCCCUGGGAUGUGGUCUCCUCAAAUGGGAAUUCGCUUCAACUCGGCGGGAGCAUCGCCCGGGGCAAAUUCAAGCCCCAGCGCUGGCGUAGCCCCUCCCCAACCUCGGGCAGGCCAGCCAGGAACAUGGGAUCCCAGCCAGGGGUUGCGCUUCUCCUAA